UACAACUGUCAGGCUCUGCAGUCCACGGAACAGUCAAGCCAAGCAGACAGCGACGAAGCGGCUGUACGGGGAGUGUUUUAACGGCCGUCUGCUCAGCACGACAUCCAGUAAAUUGUCCAAUUCAAGAGCACACGGUGUUUUUAGAGACAUUGGAAACGAAACUACCGCUCUGUAUUCACCGAGGGUUGUAGAUAAAUCAAAGUCACUCGAGUGUCGACGAGGCUAACUUUUAAGUGCUAAAUGAGUCGUCGGGCGCGACUGAACUUCAUCGACCGUGGACAGUUGUUCUGAAAACACUCAGCGGAAGUCUAACUUGGAUUAAAAUCAGCGGUUUGAAACUUGGACUUGAUGUCUGCAAGAAGAACUGCAUGAAUUUAACGAGGCAACCAUCUUUUCUAACUUUUUUCUCCUCAACGGCCGUGCAUACCGUUGUCGUAGUGGCAUAAAUGCUACAUUAACGCUAGCUAAUUUUAGCAAGCUAGCUAGCUGCAUUAGCUGGCAGCACAACAUAAGACAGUAGUUUGCUACUGGCAGAACUUUACAACUUACUUUUUAAUGGCAAUGUUUUUCAUACGUUUUGCAACAGGUAGACCUUUUACAAACACGACGAGGAAGUAAAAAAAAAAAAACUUAAAUUUAGAAACCCAAGUUAUCAUGUUCUUUUGUUAGUAAGUUUAGGUUGUACUGCGGGCAAUGCCAUUAGUCUCAGUUUUUGUAUUUGUUUCGUGUUUUGAAGAUUGCCCCGAAUUAGUAGUCGUCCUAACGAUGCAGCCUUUGGACACAGUCUAACCCCAAUACAGAGCGACCAUGUUGGAUCAUACAGAAUAACACAAGACUUGGACAGGAGACGAGCUACAAGUCGUGCGGUUGGCUCCAUGUUUUUGUGCUGAUGCAGAAGAGGAAACCUUUCAUUUAACCGAGGGAUAGCUUGUCUCAAGUCUUCGCCAGUUUAUGCAUCAAAAUGUCGGCCAUCUCCGCAUCCGAGAAAGUGGACGGGUUUACACGAAAGUCCGUGAGGAAGGCCCAGAAACAGAGAAAAUCCCAGGGCUCGUCUCAGUAUCGCACACAGAGCGCUCCAGUUGAGCUCUCACCGCUGCCGCAGCUCAAAGAUGCCCCCUCGACAGAGCAGCAGGAACUGUUCACCCAGAAACUCCAGCAGUGCUGCAUGCUCUUCGACUUCUUUGACUCGGUGACAGACCUGAAGAGCAAGGAGAUCAAGAGGGCCACGCUUAACGAGCUGGUCGACUACGUCUCCACCAACAGAGGGGUGCUGGUGGAAUCUGCAUACCCAGAGAUCACUGAUAUGAUCUGCACCAAUAUAUUCCGGACUCUUCCUCCAAGUGACAACCCUGAUUUCGAUCCAGAGGAGGAUGAACCCACUCUUGAGGCCUCUUGGCCUCACAUUCAACUGGUCUAUGAGUUUCUCCUGCGUUUUCUAGAGAAUCCAGACUUCCAGCCCAGCAUUGCAAAGCGCUACAUCGAUCAGAAAUUUGUUCUGCAACUGCUGGAGCUGUUUGACAGCGAGGACCCGAGGGAGAGGGACUUCCUCAAGACCAUCCUGCACCGGAUUUAUGGAAAGUUCCUGGGGUUGCGGGCCUUCAUCAGGAAGCAGAUUAACAACAUUUUCUUGCGGUUCAUCUAUGAAACCGAGCACUUCAAUGGAGUUGCUGAGCUGCUAGAAAUCCUGGGAAGUAUCAUCAACGGGUUUGCGUUGCCUCUAAAGUCAGAGCACAAGCAGUUCCUCAUGAAGGUGCUCAUCCCGUUACACACAGCUAAAGCGCUGUCUCUUUUCCACGCGCAGCUGGCGUACUGUGUGGUCCAGUUCCUGGAGAAGGAUCCUACACUCACUGAACCGGUUAUCCGCGGGCUGCUGAAGUUUUGGCCUAAAACCUGCAGCCAGAAAGAGGUGAUGUUUCUGGGUGAGGUCGAGGAGAUUCUGGAUGUCAUUGAGCCAACGCAGUUCAAGAAAAUCCAGGAGCCGUUGUUCAAACAGAUCUCUAAAUGUGUGGCCAAUCCACACUUUCAGGUAGCAGAGCGAGCGCUUUACUUCUGGAACAACGAGUACAUUCUCAGCCUCAUCGAGGAGAACAUCGACAAGAUCCUCCCGAUCAUGUUCGGUAGCCUGUACAGAAUCUCCAAAGAGCACUGGAAUCCGACAAUCGUUGCUCUGGUCUACAACGUGCUGAAGACGCUGAUGGAGAUGAACUGCACGCUGUUCGAUGAGCUGACUUCCUCCUAUAAAGCAGACAGGCAACGAGAGAAGAAGAAAGAGCAGGAGAGGGAUGAGCUGUGGAAGAAUCUGGAAGAGUUGAGGCUCAACAACACCACUCUGGUCCAGAACAACAGCCACGGCCUCCCAGGUGUCCACAACAACAACAACAACAACAGCAACAACAACAACAACAACAACAACAUCAAUAGUAAUAAUGACACCCAGGACAAGAGUGUUGAUGCUGCUGCCGCCACCUCAGACAACAACGAUCCUGACGUCAGUGAGACGGCCAGCGAGAGCACCACAUGUGCCAAAUGACAGCGGACGUCAGUUUUUUAUUCCGUGACGGUUUGACGUGGUGUUCAGGACUGUCAGGAGACGAUUAACGGAGACAGAAAAAACACAAAUUACACCUCAGCAGUAUAUUAAAGCUACUUAGAGUGACUUAGAUCGCCAGCAUUUCUUUGGCAGAAAACAAAUAUAUAUAUUUCAACUUAAGACUAUUUUUGGAUGUUACAGUGUGGCUGCAGUAUCUUGUUUAUUUGUCUGAUCAAAGAUGUAUCCUUUCACUUUUAGUUUCUUAACUGAAAAUUGAUUCUCUUUUUUUGUUAUAUUCAUUGUAUGAUACACGGGAGGGGAGAAAAUAAUAAUGACUUGAAUUUAAUGUUUCCGAUUGUGCUGCACUUAGACAAGCUGAAUAGCUAUUUAAAGAUGUCUAUUUUUUAAUGUGCUUUUCCUUGUUGCUGCCAACACAGGGGCGCAAACCUUAAGGAAGAAGGGAACUUUGGGAGUAUUAUGGGCAGAUGGGACCAGAUCCAAAAUUAGACGUUUAGUGUCCUUUAAUGUAUAGAUUAAGGGCUGUUAUCAGGGGCUAGAGGACAGGUAGAGGUAGAGGACGGGAGCUGCAUGGCCAAAAAAAAGUUAAAUCCUGAAGAAUCCCGGAUAUGGAGUGAUAUCUCUCCAAGUUGAGUAUGAAGUCAAAACUUGAUCACCGUCAAAUUUGUGAGAUUAUUUUUGUGUUUCAGGUGUUGGCAAAUAUGUUUUUUAUCUGGGUGAAGCUAAUACUUGUGACACAACACCUGAAUUUUUAGGAUUAUUUACACUAAAGUAUUGAGAACAGCUUUUCAGAGAAUGAAACGUUUUUCAGCCUGACUAAAGGAUAAAGGAAUAAUUUUACAUUUUGAAAAAAUAAAGUUCAUCGGCUUUCUUGCUCACAGUUGGAUGAGAAGUUUGAUUUCACUUUCCUAUCUGCGGUAAAUACGAAGCUACAGCUUCUUUUACUACUUUCACUGUUACUUUUUUGGGUGAACUGUUCCUUUAAACACUUAAACCACAGUGGGAUCACUUCACCUUACAUUUUGUUAGCAAAUUUUACUUCAUCACUGUGAAAGACAUGUUUUUUCCAGUGAACAUCCGUUUUUAGUGAAAAACAAUCAGUCUUUAAAAUGCUAAUCAUGAAUCAUGCAGUCACCCUGCACAGAUAAAGGAUAAAUUAGUGGUGAAUAAAUCUCAUUGCCCUGACAUCAGUUUGUUAGUUUGGAAAUCAUUGUAUCCACACGCAUUUGAUUCACCAUUUUUGGGAAUGGCUCAUCGCAGGUCAAUUGUCGUUACACGUCAAAAUCAGUUAGAGAUAUCAAUGUAGGACUGUGUGUUAUCGAGCUAGACCACACUUUCUGGUCACUCGUGAGGAUAUUUACCGUAUCACAGUUAUCCUGAUAAUGGAGUUCACCUCAGUCACCUAAUUCUAAGUAUUUGCAUCAUGAUCCGAGGUAAAAUCUUUUAUCCUCCCGUCCUGAGUCAUGUGGACACUGUAUUUCUUCUUUUUACCUCGCCUUUAUUGUGACCAAAGAUUAAAAAAUAACUUCUUAUUUUACUGUAAAAUAUUCUCUGUAAAUGCUCCAUCUUUACUUCCAGGAUCGUAUUUACCAUAAACAACACGCCCUCGUGAAUUCAGCCCCCUGCUUUGCUUUAACAUUGGUGUGAAUCAUAACUUGGGGGGAGUUUAAGCACAGGACUAUUGCUUCCUGUUUUGUAAUCUUGGCUGUUAAUCCGUAAGCGAAAGAGGUGCUCAUAGGCAGGUUUUCUCACCUUUGAGCUGGAGCUGCUACAGCUAUGACAAUAAUCACCAAGUCGAUUAAUAAUAUUGAUAAAUCAUGUUAGUAAUUCUUUAAGGAAAUGAAAAGAGUUCUCUGAGUCCUGCGUCUUAUAUGUGAAUAUUGUUUCCGUUUUGUUUUGUUUUUUUGCUCCUCUAUCACAGUAAACUGAAUAUAUCAUCCCUCUCUACGGAACAAGACAUUUCAUUUUGUGCUUUGGGAAACUCUGAUCACCUUUAUAUGACUUAUUUUUUUUCCCCCAACAUUUUCUGGACCAAACUACUGAUCUCUAAAUCGAAUAAAACAAUCGCCAGCGAAGAAAACCUAUAGUUGCAUCCCUUCUUUGGACAGAGCCAGGCCAGCUGCCGCCCCCUCUCUGUUUCCAGUGUAGCUUUGUAUUUGCCGUACAGACGUGAGAGUGGAAUCUGACUUCUCAUCUAACCCUCGACUAGAAGGCCAAUAAGAGUAUUUCCCCAAGUGUCGAGCCAUUCCUCUAAAAGUCGGUAGAUUUAAGAGAAGAAAACAUUUGACCUACAGUUCUAUAUAUUUUUCCACAGUAUUGAGAAGGCGAAUAUUUUUGAAUGUUUCAUUUUGCGGGUGGAUUAUGAUGGGGAUGCAGGAUGAGCUUGGGUGUACAUUUGUUGAGUAUAUGUAUGUGUAUAUGUUAGCUCGGAGGCUACUUAAAGGGAAAUGCCACUCAAGUUUUAAGAUGUUCUGUACAGCACAUUGUUUCUGUGGUCUAGGGGAAGAGAACCCUUUAGGAGCAUUAUGGGUUUCUUAUCCGGUGUUCUACUAUGCACAAGAGGCGGAUUUUGUGUAUCGUGAGUUUUUAUAUCCAAAUUCGGCUCAUCGUACAGUAUUCAUAUUAAGAGAAAUUAACAGCGAGAAGACUGUUUUCACAAGAAAUCUUUACCAUCAAUGCCUGUCCGCCCCCCCUUCACCUCGAGACGUUAUCAUGGCCUCAUGUUUGGUUUGUGACGCUGGGAGUUGAAACACGUGUUCAUAAACUAAAUCUGACCGCCACAGAUCAUAGAAACAACUUCUUAAACAUUGAAUGGUGUUUUCCUCUGACGUUUGAGUUCCUAUUUCUUAGGUCCAGUCCCUUCUGAUGCCUUUCUGUCAGUACUGCAUUCCAACCUCUGUGACGUUAAGAAAAACAAAACAAAACAAAAAAAAACUGUGUGGGGAACCUGUUUUGUAAUCACAGAUCUUAUUUAGGUUUCACCAUCAAAUAAAGUCGACUUUAUCUUUCUACUCAACGCAUAAA